CCUCGGUCACGUUAUUAUUGAAUUGGACCUUACAAGUUGAUGCUGUUCCCGCUACCCACAGAUACGAGCGCGAUGGACCCACUGGACGUGCUCUUGUACGCAGCGGCCAUCAUGUACGGCCUCGUGUGCAUCUUUGGCGGCUACCGCCGCAUCGAGCUCGUCAUCGCCGGGCUUCCACCGCUCACAGUCAUUGCGGCCGCCGACGCAUUUGACAUGAGCCGCUUUACAGGCAUCUCGGUUGCGUUUCUUGUGCUCAUUCUGUGUCUACUCGUGCACGCGUCGCUCGUCCGAGACUAUGCAGCGUCCUACUACGGCCUCGGGCUCUUUGCCUUGUACGUGGCCACGCUCGCGCUCGCGUUCGACUACACCUUGGCGUGCCUCCACGUCUUUCCAUUCGUCUUGCAGCUCUGCCUCUAUGCGGCCACGGCGCUUGCGUUUGUUUUCUACUGUCGGUACGCUGCGCGCACCAGUGAGCGGCUCCGACUCAUCCACACGACGACGCUGCUUGGGGCGCUUGUGCUGGCCGAGACGUUCAACAAGGGCCACACGGAGCGCGACCAAGUCCAGUGCACGCUGCUUUACACGACAGGCGUCGUGGUUGUGACGCUCUUUGGCGUGUGGUACCAAACACGGUUGCUCACGCCGGACGCGCGGCUCUCGCUCGUGAGCACAGCGGUUUCUGAGAUUUUGACACCGCGCCCCGAGGUCGACGAGUGGGUCACGACGCCUUAUUACAUGGACGUGCUCGUGCAAGACGAAGCCGAGCUGGAUGCGAUGAAGGCAGCGAUCUGCCGCAACGAACGUCUCGGAGUCUAAUGGCCGCAGGAUGUGCAGGAAGAUGUGGCGCAAAGCCCAGCCGCCAGGAUUAGGAUAGUUUACACAUAGCAAGGUAAUUUAGUAGUAGUAUACACUGUGAAUCAUAGUAUGUGCGACAGUGCAGCA